AGUAAUUCAAAUCGUUCACGAUGCUCCCAAAAGGAUGUGCACUCUUCGUCAUACUUAUUUUAGCAACAGACCUGCCUUUUGGGAAUAGUUACUUCUCCUCUAGUACCGGUCAAUUAACCCAACAACAAUUCGAGUCGGAGCAUACCCGAGUUAAACGAGGUUUCAACCUCUGGGACUUUUUUGAAACAAUAUUCAACAUGGGACGUAUUGUCAAAGAACAAUACAACGACACCGUGGUGACACUAAAUCAAGUUUACGAUAUAGUGGCGGAUGGCUUUACGGACGUCUCCACAAAGAAUCCCCCGCCGGCUAUGAAUACAACAGUCUCACCGGAUGGUAGCACAACAACCACGACGGAAAGAUAUCGCAUAUCUCGGUAUGAGUUCGGACGAAUUCUGGGGCGCAACUAUCGUGGACUCAAGAGGCUUUUAGAUAUAGAGUACAAUGACGCCCUCAAUCAAUCCAAAUACAAUAUCAGAGACUAUCAGGAUGAAGUCAAGAAUGCCAUCGCCAACUAUGCCGAGUUCGAGAAGGAUUCAAGAACAUAAAAAGUGGACGGGACAACAGAGGACGGGGUAACGUUCUCAAGUAGAAACGACAAAUGCGGAUUACCUGGACACUUUGCUUGGACACAAUUUUGCCAAUCUCGCUCUGUGAUAAUUUAGAAGUAGUUUCCUACUAAGUAGUCUAUAGCAUUCCCUUGUGAACUGUUGGGAAAUGGAAAGAAGUUCAAUGAAUGGUUGUGGUUUUCUAUUAUACCUUUUUUAUGCUAAAGGAUGUACCCUACACUAGCUGGGUGACAUAACGUCGCGCACUUAUUCAACUAUUUAUUGUUAAAUAACUUGCUAAUGAAAUGUAACUUGGUAUUUAUUCGUAAAUAUAUAAAUUCCUUGCCAUCUUGAA